AUGUCAUUCCGCUACACCAACAAUCUCGUAGGUGUGCUGAAGCAUCGCUUGAUGCUGGAGAGCUCCCACCGCGAAUUGGUGCGGCGUCGUUUCUCCGGGCAUUGCCGGGGCGUGGAAGUGGUGUGCAGUGGCUAUGGCACGGUGCUCGCCGUACGCCUCGUUGACAAAACGACGUGGGAGCCGUUCUAUCGUAAGGGUCCUUUCCCUGUGAACGAUGAAGGCAAUACCAAUGGGGGCGCAACAGCUGCCUUGGAUCUUGAGAAGCUUGCUGACAGUGUCAAGGCGGCGGUGUGGGAUGCAACACGUAAGAUACGCGUGGCGAAAGAGGCAGCACUUCACCGAAGCCUCUCCCACAAUCAACAGUUGCAAUCGCAGGCAAACUUAAAACACUGGUACGAAGAUGACGCCAAUACACUUCAACCAUUGGCGUUCGAGGCUCUGAAACACGAGGCGGCAACGCCGUGGAUGCAGUUGGUUCAAUUUGGCAAACACCAACGUGCUGCUGAGAUGCUGCAACAAGAGUCUGGCGAGAGUCAGUGCGCGGCAAAUGCUGAUGCCUUCAUUAGCUCGGAAACAUCAGCUGGACGAAGGGAAGAGGAAGUGCCGUGUGUUACUGCCUUGGAUGCAAAAGAUUGUGACCCUGAAGCAACGCCAAUUGGUUCCAUACACCCGCUAUAUGUUCCGGCACUCAUACAGUUUGAAAAUAAGACAGAGGGUAGUAUUGACGAAGAUGUUGUCCGGCAGGAACAGUGGCGAGAGCUUUCACGUGACGAACAACUCUUCUGGGAGCGCGUAGAGUUGAUCCGCAAGGGGCAGGUUGCCACGAUCAAAGGCGGUCACAAGCGUGACUACGCCGAUCAAGCUGCUGUUGCCAGCGACAAUGCGGAAGAGGCGGUGCAACUGCGAUUUACGCAAUAA